GGCACGUGAUCCUAUUACAAUCAUGGAGCAACUUCAAAUUCUGAAGAAGUUCUCUACUGACCAGUUCGAGAAGCUCUUUCACGAAUCAUGCGACUUCAUUUGUGGUCGGCAAGGCCCGAGGUAUAAAGACUAUGGAAAAAUACUCAAAAUUGACAAAUGGCAGGCGUUUGAGACAGCAUUCAUUAAACUAGUGAAAGACGCGGCCUUGGACGACAAGAACAAAUCGAGGAUGUCAGAGAGCUUUCCUGACAACCAUCUGCAAGUAUUUCAGGAUAGUCUGGCAGCAAGAAGACAAGAAAUUAUUGACGCAAUGAAAAUAUCAGCGACGACUGUUGGACACGCACAGCUCAAAGACUUUGAUUGGAAUUUAAGAUUGAUCUUAUCAAGUGACAAGAUAGCUGUUGUGUCAGAGCCAGUAGUAACAGUUGACUUUAAGGUAGAAGACUGCGGUGGAGAAUCAAAGCAGGUGUCGUUAGAGAUGAACAGGGAUGAACUAAAGAAAAUUUUGUCUUCACUAGAAGCAGCGAACAAGGUUGUUCAACAGCUAAAGGCUUAAAUUUCUUAGCCUAUAAUAAGAAAUUACUAUCAUUCAUACUUCUUUGCAUUAUGUAGUGUAGUGUUCAAUGUUAAUAUGCUGUGAUAUAUAA